AUGGGCUAAGCUUAAACUCAAUAAUAAUAAGAUAUGGUACUCGGAAAUGAGCAUGUCGUGUAUUUGUAAAAGACUGCCACUACUGCAGCUCAUCGCAUAUAAGGCAAUUAGGAGGAAGUUCAAUUUCUGGUCAAAUGUCCUAAGUGUAGCAGUUGCUAAUUCGACGAUUAAUUGGGGAGGAUUACCAAUUGUUUUUAGUGCAAACUGGUCUUUUCUGUGAAUGAUGGUCAGAUCUAAAUAAGACCAGAUUCUACAUAGCUCGAAGACAAGAGAACAUUUCAGCUUAUCGAAACAACACUGCAUAAUUUAGAAAGUGUCACCUUCUAUGUAAAUAGAACCAAACUCGAUCCAGCCUUAAUUAAAGACAAUGUAAUAGACUUUUAAAGAUUAAUCAAUAACGUACUUUUACCUUUCUUCUCUGUACGUCAAAGAGUCUUGGAAUUAGGCAUCAAGUUUUCAAUAGGGGCAUUCGAAUUUCGAGUUGUAGGUGGAUUUCCAUCUAGAGGAAUUAUAACUAAAUAAACUCAAAUCUACUGUUAUGGUUAUUACAUUCAGGACACCACAAGGAGAGUUAAGAUUUUAUCGAAGAAACCAUCUCAAUAAUUAGAUUUUGAAAUAAAGUCCUACUUCAGUGUCAAUCCCAAAGACAAUCAGAUUAUAUAAGAUUCAACCAUUAGAGUUAACUCACAAAAAUUACUGAUUUUGCAAUGUGAAAACGCAUCUGGCAAAAUCGAUAGAAACUCUACUAUAGAGAGCAUCCCAAAUGUGUAGAAUUUAAGAGAUGUUAAAUUGUGCUGUAUAAAAUUUCCAGCAUAUUUUUCAACCUUUUAAUCUCAAAAAGAGAGAAUCAAAGAAGCCAUAAGAAAAAUUGUCAUUAAUCCCUACUUUGUGGGAUUAAAUAGAUACCUAGAGAAGGGCUAAAUCUUGAGAAUUUGGGAUUUCGAAUUUCAAGUUUAGAUGUUUGAAGAACAAGGAUUGGUUGUUCCGAAUCACACUCAAAUUGAUAUCGACCUCUUUUCCCCUAUACCCCAAUAAAGAAUUCAACACAAUAGACAAUUUGAUCAGUUGUUUCCAUAAAAUCUAGUUCCCUAUAGAAGAAAUGAUCUUCAACGACAACAUGCUUAAUAAAUUGAAGCACUCCAUCGAUUGCUGAAUACCUUCAUUAUCUUGAAUGAGAAUCAGCAAUUGCUACUCUAACUCAGAAAUAAUCGAACUUCAGAAGAUUAAAUCAACCAAUUGCCAAUACGUCAGAUUAGUAUGGAGUUUAUCAACUAACAUCAAAAUGAUGACAAUCAUAUCAAAUGCAUGAUUUGCUUAGAGGAUUAUGAGGAGAAUCAAAUUGUUCGUACUAUGCCAUGCUGGCAUUACUUUCAUCAAGAAUGUAUUGACAAAUGGUUACACAAGAGUACUCUAUGUCCCAUAUGUAAGACUGAAGUUGAUACAGACUUAUAAACCGAAGAAAUUUCGAUGCAAAUGCAAUAAUGAAGCAAUAUAAAAAAAUAGUUAUUUAAUCUAUCAACGUUGCUUA